AUGCAAAAGGUGCGGCUACUUCACGGUCGCGAGAAACUUUCAUGCAAGUCUGGGUUGUAUUUAAGAAAGCAGAAGGAUGUGAGGUAUUACGUGGCAAUACAAGACAACACGCUACGGAUAGAGGAGGGUAUGGGGCCAGACCGCGAGAUAGAGCGCGUUACUAUGGCUCUUCAAUACAGUCGCCAGAAACGAAUUAAGAUAGGCCAUGCUAACUCAGCAGGGGGUCUGAUUGAUCUGGGUGAUGCGCCAGUCUCUGAGGCAAUCAACCAGAGCAAUGCGCUAGACGCCAUGAACAAGAGGGUUAGAGAGGAAAAGCGGCAGCGUGAUGUAGAUUGCGUCACACGGGAAACUACUUUCCGCGAGCAUUGUCACCCGUUGACACUGCUACGAAAGGUAAAGCUUGCAGAUGGCACCGACGGGCAAGAGAUUAUUGGCAAUGCCGAUGCAGAUAUUUGCUGCCGUCGGCAUGCCUUACAUGAUGAAGUGGAGGGCACCGGUGGUGUUGCCUCGCUGGGCACAACAGUGAAUGACCCCGAAAAUGUGUUGCAUCUGAAGAAGGAUAGAGCGAAAGAGAAACUACAAGCAUUAUCGUGGGAUACUGAAACUCGUCCUUACCCACAGUUGAUGUCUGCUUAUGUGGGUAUUCUAAGGGGUCAGCGGGUUUCCCCCCAAGAUGGGGAUGAGACCGAGCCCAAUGGUGUGUUCGCUGCAAGAACUGCCCCACCAGCUGCUGGUAAUAGAGUUUUUGAUGACGAUCAUGGGGACGAUAUAAACAUGGGCGCAGGAUUUUAG